UCUCUCCUUCUCUAAUCUAGAAGCGAGAUUUGAUCAGCGAGAUUAAACAGUAAAUCUUUAGGUUUAAAACUUGUAUCUUCGUAAGCCGUUGUCGAUUUCGAUUAUCGUUGUAAUCUUCUGGGUUUUAAUCUCUCUUUGUCUAUUCUAAGCCGUAUCGAUCAUCUCUCAGUAUGGAUUACGAGGCGCCUAGGAGAUACUCACAGUCAAGGAAUUUUGGAGGAGUCAAGAGACAGCCGCAAGCUUUCGCAGCAGAUAUAGUUUCGAGAAGACAUUAUUAUGCCCCUUAUGACAAUACAAUGAAGAAGCAAGGUCCAAAUAAGUUGUCAAGGAAUCUGGUUUGGACGUCAAAAGAGUACAAAGUGCCAGAGGAGGGAAACAGGCCAAGUAAGAAUGAUCAAGCCGAUAAUGGGUCAACAAAAACAAAACCACCAGUUUUAGGCAGAGGAUGUUCUGUGUCGUCGAACCAGCCGAGAAAAAACGCUGUGUAUGGACCAAGAAAUUCAAAUCUUACAACAAGACCACCAGUUUUAGGCAGAGGAUGUUCUGUUUCUGUGUCGUCGAACCAGCCGAGAAAAAUUGCUACUUCAGACACCAAAAAGAGUGUAUGUUGUAAGUUUUGGAUAGCUGGAAACUGCAGGAGGGGAGAGCAGUGCCAGUUCUUACACUCUUGGUCUUGUCGUUUCCCUGGAUUGGCCAUGGUAGCCUCGCUUGAAGGACACAAGAAAGAUAUAAAGGGGAUCGCCCUCCCUCAGGGUUCAGAUAAACUCUUUUCAGUCAGUAGCGAUGAUACAUUGCGGAUUUGGGACUGCCAUACUGGUCAGUGUGUACAUACCAUCAACCUCCAGGCUGAGGCUGCGGCAGGUUCCCUAAUCAGUGAAGGCUCAUGGGUUUUCCUCGGCUUGCGUAACGCUGUAAAGGCUUUUAAUGUUCAAACCAGUAAAGAUUUGCAUCUUGACGGGGUGGUUGCAGGUCAGGUUCAUGCAAUGACUGUUGCUAAUGGAAUGCUUUUUGCUGGAACAAGUUCUGGCACUAUAUCAGUCUGGAAAGCUAAUACUGACUCUGAUGUGUCUGAUCCUUUCAAGUACCUCACAUCUCUCGAGGGACAUCAUAGUGGUGAAGUCACUUGUUUUGUUGUUGGAGGUCAACUACUAUACUCUGGUUCUGUCGAUAAAACAAUAAAGGUGUGGGGUCUCAACACCCUCCAAUGUGUAACGACACUGAAGCAACAUACCAACACUGUCACGUCACUCUUAUGCUGGGACAAGUGUCUGAUCUCGUCUUCCUUGGAUGGGACCAUAAAAUUUUGGGCUUUUUCUGAGGAUGGAACCUUGGAAGUUACUCAUACACGCAGACAAGAACAGAGUUUUCAUGCUCUUUGUGGGGUGCACGAUGCAGAGGCCAAACCCAUCAUAUUCUGCUCUUACCAAAAUGGAACUGUUGGCAUUUACGACCUACCAUCUUUUGAAGAAAGAGGAAAUAUGUUCUCUACGCACACCAUCAGCACACUCACGAUUGGUCCUGGAGGAUUGCUAUUUAGUGGUGACAAGACUGGGAACUUGCGUGUAUGGAGCUUAGCUGCUGGCACCAAAGUUUAGUCAUUUUCGACAUAUGAAUUUAUGAUCUAUUUUGUAAUAUAUGACUCAAAGAUUAAGUACUGUUUGUCAAAUCAUUUGUAAGAAAGAGUGCAUGAAUUGAAACUUGGGUAUAGUGUUUUCCGAUUAUGAAUUCAUGAUGCUGAUAUAUAUAUAUAUAUAUAUAUAUAUAUAUAUAUAUAUAUAU